ACCUAAAGAAGAAGAAGAAGAAGAAUUGUAACAGAGCCCGUCUGCUCAUAUUAGACAUUCUCUGAUUGUACACCAAAGAGAGGACCGGUAGUGUUUGACGCUGGGUACUUUGUUGUUUUUUGCCGCGCAAUUAACCUUUCUCAGACUGAAAGUUGCGGAGAUGCACUGAAUAAUUUAACAUUCUCCCACCUUAAAAAUACAAGUGGACCUGCACGUUUAGUCUUCAGCGAUACAUUUGGUCCGUUCAAACUUUACGCAAGAAUGGCCAACGACGAUGACAUAAAUCUGAGGCUACGGGCAGCUGUACACUACACGACGGGACGGAUGUGUCUAGACAUUGGAAGAAAUCAGGGCAAGGAGUUCAGUCCACAAGCGAUAGCAGCCAUAGCCGAAACAACAUUCAGACAGUGUGAUGUAUUUGCAAAAGACUUGGAAGCCUUUGCCAGGCAUGCCAAGAGAAGCACCGUGACGUCAGACGAUGUAAAGCUCUUGGCUAGAAGAAGCACGGCACUGGCCAAAUUCAUACAAAAGAAGAAUGACUUAUUGCUAAAGGAGCCAAAACAUUUGAGGAAAAGCACUGGGAAGGAUAACAAGGACCAAGACAGCAAUGCUGCACCAGAUCUCUAAAUAUUUAACACAUGCCAAGCAAUGGCAAACCCUCUGCUCGCUACCAUCACUUCUGCCCGUCGUUGUCCACUUCAAAACAAUUAACUUAGCUUUGUAAGAAAAUUGUAUAUUGUAAUAAAUUGAUUUUUGUAUUCAA